AUGCACCUUUCGGCUGUAAAAGGGCUUCGGCUUGAGGUUGCGGAAGAGAGAGGUUCUACGGCCAAGGAGGACCCGGAGUUGAAGGAUUUCUUCGCCUGGGAGCGCCUUGCAGAUUUUGUCAACUUCGGCGGCAUCCGACUCGAGGACAACGUUCUGGUGACGGAGCAGGGAAUCGAAAACUUCACGGUUGCGCCCAGGACUGUGGAGGAGGUGGAAGCUGUCAUGCGAGGUGAGAUUGCGGAUUCAGUCGCCCUUGCGGUAUGGCGGCAAGAGCAGCAGGAGGCGCAGACAGAAGAGGAGGAACAGGAUGAGCCAGAAGAGUGA